UCACUUGUUAGUUCCUUCAAUACAAAUCACAAUCACAACAACGAACGUGACCUUCCUUAUCUUUCUUCUUCUAUCAGUCCUUCUUCUUCUUCAAUACAGCUACAACUACAACUCCUUCAUCAUCAUCAUCAUUAUCACUUUUUCUUAUUAGCCACAUACUAUUACCCUUUUGAAGGGUCAUAUUCUUGUUAGUUUUGCUCUCCUUUUGAGGCCAAAAAUGUCAGAGCGGGGUGCAUUCUCCGUUGAUUCUGCCAUGGAUGCUUCUAACAGUAAAGGAGGAGAAGAGAAUAAGAAGAAGAAGGAGCAUAAGAUUCCUUUUAUGAAGCUGUUCUCUUUUGCUGACACUUAUGAUUUUGUGUUAAUGGCCAUUGGAUCUGUUGGGGCGUGUGUUCAUGGUGCCUCUGUUCCUGUUUUCUUCAUCUUCUUUGGCAAGUUGAUCAAUGUCAUAGGCUUGGCUUAUCUGUUUCCUAAGGAAGCUUCUCACAAAGUUGCUAAGUACUCGUUGGAUUUUGUGUAUCUAAGUAUAGCAAUACUAUUUUCAUCUUGGACAGAGGUGGCUUGUUGGAUGCAUACCGGAGAACGGCAAGCAGCAAAGAUGAGAUUGGCUUAUUUAAAAUCAAUGUUGAAUCAAGACAUAAGUCUCUUUGAUACUGAAUCUUCCACAGGCGAGGUUAUUUCUGCCAUUACAAGUGACAUUAUCAUAGUUCAAGAUGCACUAUCUGAAAAGGUAGGGAACUUCAUGCACUACAUAAGCAGAUUCAUAGCUGGGUUCACCAUUGGGUUUGUGAGAGUGUGGCAGAUUAGUCUUGUGACACUUUCAAUAGUGCCGUUGAUUGCACUUGCUGGAGGACUCUAUGCAUAUGUCACAAUUGGGCUUAUUGCAAAGGUUCGUAAAGCGUAUGUGAGAGCUGGUGAAAUUGCAGAAGAGGUCAUAGGGAAUGUUAGAACGGUUCAAGCAUUUGCAGGAGAAGAAAGGGCAGUGAAAUCAUACAAAACGGCUCUAAUGAACACUUACAAAAACGGUAGAAAAGCAGGAUUAGCAAAGGGACUUGGACUGGGGUCAAUGCACUGUGUCCUUUUUCUUUCAUGGGCUUUGCUUGUUUGGUUCACAAGCGUUGUUGUUCACAAGAGUAUUGCCAAUGGUGGCGAGUCUUUCACCACCAUGCUCAAUGUUGUCAUCGCUGGCCUGUCACUUGGGCAGGCAGCACCUGAUAUCUCUGCAUUUAUCCGGGCAAAGGCGGCAGCAUAUCCAAUUUUUGAGAUGAUUGAGAGGGACACAAUCAGCAAAAGAAGCUCAGGUCGGAAGCUAAGCAAAUUGGAGGGGCGUAUCCAAUUCAAGGAUGUUUGUUUCAGCUAUCCGUCUCGGCCGGAUGUAACUGUCUUCAACCACCUCUGUCUUGACAUUCCUGCAGGCAAGAUUGUAGCCCUUGUGGGAGGAAGUGGUUCUGGAAAGAGCACUGUUAUAUCGUUGGUCGAACGCUUCUAUGAACCACUUUCAGGUCAGAUACUAUUGGACAGGAAUGAUAUCAGGGAACUUGAUCUCAAAUGGCUUAGGCAGCAAAUUGGACUUGUUAAUCAGGAACCUGCACUCUUUGCUACAAGCAUCAAGGAGAACAUUCUCUAUGGAAAAGAUGAUGCCACUCUUGAAGAAUUAAAACGCGCUGUCAAGCUUUCAGAUGCUCAGUCUUUCAUUAACAAUCUUCCUGAAAGAUUAGAAACUCAGGUUGGUGAGAGAGGGAUACAGCUAUCAGGUGGACAGAAGCAAAGAAUUGCGAUAUCUCGAGCCAUAGUGAAGAAUCCAUCAAUUCUGUUGCUGGAUGAAGCAACCAGUGCUCUGGAUGCUGAGUCAGAGAAGAGUGUGCAGGAGGCUCUUGAUCGCGUUAUGGUCGGCCGGACAACUGUGAUAGUAGCACACAGACUUUCUACAAUUAGGAAUGCAGAUAUGAUAGCUGUUGUUCAAGGAGGGAAGAUUGUGGAAACUGGAAACCAUGAGGAGCUAAUGUCCAAUCCUACUAGUGUGUAUGCAUCUCUUGUUCAACUCCAAGAGGCAAGUUCUCUGCAGCGCCUCCCCUCGGUCGGGCCUAGCCUGGGCCGCCAAUCAAGCAUAAAGUACUCAAGGGAAUUGUCCCGGACAACAACAAGCUUUGGAGGUAGUUUUCGAUCCGAUAAGGAUUCUAUUGGGCGGAUAUGUGAUGAAGAAAACGCAAGCAAGCCAAAGCAUGUUUCAGCAAGAAGGCUAUAUUCUAUGAUUGGUCCUGACUGGGUUUAUGGGGUUUUUGGGACAUUGUGUGCAUUUGUUGCUGGAGCACAGAUGCCACUCUUUGCACUCGGAAUCUCACAUGCUCUUGUAUCAUACUAUAUGGAUUGGGAUACCACCAAACAUGAAGUCAAGAAAAUUGCUUUCCUCUUCUGUGGAGGAGCAGUCAUAACUAUCACUGUCCAUGCCAUUGAGCAUCUUUGUUUUGGAAUCAUGGGAGAGCGCCUCACCCUUCGUGUCCGAGAAAGGAUGUUUUCAGCUAUUUUGAAGAAUGAAAUUGGCUGGUUUGAUGAUACAAGCAAUACAAGUUCUAUGCUUUCAUCACGUUUAGAGACCGAUGCAACUUUGUUGCGGACCAUAGUUGUUGAUCGUUCCACAAUUCUGUUACAGAAUGUUGCCCUGGUUGUUGCUUCAUUCAUUAUUGCCUUCAUGUUGAAUUGGAGAAUAACUCUUGUUGUCUUGGCCACAUAUCCUUUGAUCAUUUGUGGUCACAUCAGCGAGAAACUUUUUAUGAAAGGCUAUGGUGGCAACUUGAGCAAAGCAUAUCUAAAAGCCAACAUGUUGGCUGGGGAAGCUGUUAGCAAUAUUCGCACGGUCGCUGCAUUUUGUUCUGAAGAAAAGGUCCUUGAUCUCUAUGCUAAUGAGCUUGUUGAUCCUUCGAAACGUUCGUUUCAAAGAGGCCAAAUCGCUGGCAUAUUUUAUGGCAUUUCCCAGUUCUUUAUUUUCUCAUCUUAUGGCCUUGCCUUGUGGUAUGGAUCUGUUUUAAUGGAGAAGGAGCUUGCAAGCUUUAAAUCAGUGAUGAAGUCAUUUAUGGUUUUAAUAGUAACGGCGCUGGCUAUGGGGGAGACUCUGGCGCUCGCCCCAGACCUUUUGAAAGGGAAUCAAAUGGUUGCGUCCGUUUUCGAAGUGAUGGAUAGGAAGACAGGCGUAAUAGGUGAUGUUGGAGAAGAGUUGAAGACAGUGGAAGGAACAAUUGAGCUCAAGGGAAUCCAUUUCAGCUACCCUUCAAGGCCAGAUGUGAUUAUUUUCAAGGAUUUCAAUCUACUUGUUCCUUCAGGCAAGAGUAUUGCCUUGGUUGGACAAAGUGGUUCUGGAAAAAGCUCUGUUAUCUCCCUCAUACUAAGAUUUUAUGAUCCAACUUCUGGGAAAGUGCUGAUUGAUGGAAAAGAUAUAAGGAGACUCAAUUUGAAGUCUCUUAGGAAACACAUUGGGCUUGUGCAGCAAGAACCUGCGCUUUUCGCGACAUCAAUUUACGAAAACAUCCUUUAUGGGAAAGAAGGAGCCUCUGAUUCAGAAGUAAUAGAGGCAGCGAAGCUUGCCAAUGCUCAUAACUUCAUAAGUGGCCUUCCGGAGGGAUACUCAACCAAGGUUGGGGAGCGAGGAGUUCAACUAUCAGGCGGUCAGCGACAAAGAGUGGCCAUUGCCAGAGCUGUCCUAAAGAACCCUGAAAUCCUGCUCUUGGAUGAAGCCACCAGCGCGCUCGAUGUUGAAUCCGAGCGCGUGGUUCAACAAGCUUUGGACCGGUUGAUGCAGAACAGAACAACGGUUAUUGUGGCACAUAGGCUCUCCACAAUAAGGAAUGCUGAUCAAAUCUCAGUUUUGCAAGAUGGCAAAAUAAUUGAGCAUGGAACUCAUUCCACUCUUAUAGAAAAUAAAAAUGGAUCUUACUUCAAAUUAAUCAACCUUCAACAACAACAGCAUCAACUAUAGCAUAAUGGAAGCCACAUUUAUAUAACCACAAUUAAUGAUCAUGAAUUUUUUAUACAGUAAUUUUAUAUUAUUUCUUUUCCCCCCCUGGGAUUUACAGAGAAUUAUUAUGUGAAUUGGGGUGGUGGUGUUUCGCCCGGAAUAAUAGUUUCCUAUAUAUAUAUAUAUAAUGGUAAGUUCUGGCAUUGAAUCUUGACUCUCAUUUUUAUAGUUCAUCAUCUGAUAAUAGCAUAAAACAAAAGGGUGCUGAAUAGUCUGUAUAUAAAAGGAAUCAAAGCAAGCACAGAAGUCAUUAUUUCUCUCUGCUGCUAUGAUGAGACUUUAAUUUCCAUCACAUGAUCCAU